AUGUUAGAUAGUUACAUUUCAGCAUAAUGUGAUACUAGUCGAAGUGGACUAGAACGAAGAAAAAUAACGAAAACAAUGGCUUGUCCAUACGCACGGAUUAUUGGGCACGAUGAUGAAACAACAAGCACGGCAACAGCGAAAUUAACAUUGAAUGGCGCCGUGAAUAAUGAUGCUUUGGCUGAAAUUCUCUCCUUAACUGGCUAUGGCCCAACAAGUUCUGUUAAGCCUGAAUUGAAGCGUUUACCAUCAAGCGAUGAACUGGUCAACUACAGCAAUUAUUUACAAUUGAAUAAAUUACUCGAUUCGCAAUUGUUGUUAAGUGCAAAACAUGAUCAGAAUAAGAAGCCUGUUCAUGAUGAACAUUUAUUUAUGAUAAUCCAUCAAAGUUUUGAACUUUGGUUUAAACAAAUCAUUUGGGAAAUUGACUCCUUACGAGAUAUUUUCGGAUGUAAAUUCAUCGAUGAAACACAUAUGUUCGUAUCAAUUAAUCGUCUUCAACGCUGUGUACAUAUUUGGCAUCUCUUAUGUGACCAAAUAAGUAUAUUAGAAACGAUGACACCAUUGGAUUUUAUGGAGUUUCGUUCUUACUUAUCACCGGCGAGUGGCUUUCAAAGUUUACAAUUUCGUUUAAUCGAAAAUAAAUUGGGCUUAACGGAUAAGUCGCGCGUUGUGUACAAUCAAACAUCGUACAAAAACGCUUUUCCAGUUCCUAAUGAACAGAAAGAAUUGAUUAAUUCAUUGGAAGAACCAACAUUGUUUACAUUGAUCGAACGAUGGCUUGAACGCACACCUGGACUUGACGACCCGGAUUUUAGCUUCUACGAAGGAUACAAGCAGUCUGUUGCUCAAUAUAUCAAAUUUCUUCAAAACAACGCGGAAAGUGAACCGAAUCCAACAGCCCGGCAAGCAGCGUUGGAAGACGUGAAGAAAAAUGCAGAUACAUUUCGUUCAAUCAUUGACGAAAAGUUCCAUCAACAAUUGGUUGCACGAGGUGAACGACGUAUGAGCCAUCGGGCGUUCCAUGGUGCCUUGAUGAUAAUGCUCUAUAGAGAACAACCGCGCUUUCAAGGUCCGUACCAAGUCCUAUCAUUAUUAAUGGAUGUUGAUGCAUUGAUCACAAAAUGGCGAUAUAAUCAUUUGAUAUUGGUUCAACGGCAAAUUGGAAAUAAACAGGGAACAGGUGGUUCAGCUGGCUAUAGUUACUUACGCUCGACGUGCAGUGAUCGCUACAAAAUAUUUAUUGAUCUGUUUAACCUUGCAUCUUUCCUUAUUCCACGAGAAUUCAUCCCCAAACUAACGAAUGAAAUGAAAAUGCGUUUGUCCGUUGCAAAGGUGGAAAGGACGGCAAAUGAAGAUGAUGAUUUACUUAGCAAGUCCAAAGCAACCGACUCAAUACCAGCUGAUUUAUUUCAGCCAAUAAAAUCUUAA